ACGACGGCUUCACAAGAAACCCUAAAAAGGGACACAGAUAAAGAGUUUGUUAUUGUAUUUCUCAGAUUAUUUUAACAUAGUUUUCUGACGUUUGCAGAAAAAAAAAGAGAGAAAAGAUGGGAGAUGGUGUGACUCCUCCGCUUCUAAUCACAGAAAGAAACACGACGACGAUCCGUGUGAAGGAGGAAGUGAAGAAACAGCUAUGGCUUUCUGCUCCUCUCAUUGGUGUAAGCCUCCUUCAAUACUCUCUCCAAGUCAUCUCCGUCAUGUUCGUUGGCCAUCUCGGUUCUCUUCCCCUCUCUGCCGCCUCCAUCGCCACCUCCUUUGCCUCCGUCACCGGCUUCACAUUCCUCUUGGGAACAGCGAGUGCAUUGGAGACACUAUGUGGCCAAGCGUACGGAGCAAAGCUGUACGGGAAACUAGGCAUUCAGAUGCAGAGAGCAAUGUUUGUUCUUCUACUACUCUCUAUCCCUCUCUCGAUCAUUUGGUUUAACACGGAACAUAUACUCGUACUCGUACACCAAGACAAGUCCAUCUCAAGUGUUGCUGGCUCGUACGCGAGAUACAUGAUCCCUAGUCUCUUCGCCUACGGACUACUUCAAUGUAUCAACAGGUUCUUGCAAGCGCAGAACAAUGUGUUCCCUGUUUUUGUCUGCUCUGGAAUCACCACUUGUCUUCACUUGCUUCUCUGUUGGUUGUUUGUGUUGAAGACUGGUUUAGGAUACAGAGGAGCUGCUCUUGCCAUCUCGGUCUCUUAUUGGUUUAAUGUCAUUCUCCUCUUGUGCUAUGUCAAGUUCUCGUCUUCUUGCUCCCAUAGCUGGACCGGGUUUUCAAAGGAGGCUUUUCAGGAGAUUUAUGAGUUUUCUAAGAUUGCUUUUCCUUCAGCAGUUAUGGUUUGUUUGGAGUUGUGGUCAUUCGAGCUUCUGGUUCUGGCCUCAGGGCUUCUUCCUAACCCGGUUGUAGAAACUUCGGUUCUUUCAAUCUGUCUAAAUACUUCACUAACAAUCUGGCAAAUCUCAGUUGGUCUUGGUGGUGCAGCGAGCAUUCGAGUCUCCAACGAGUUAGGAGCAGGGAAUCCACAAGUGGCAAAACUGGCUGUAUAUGUCAUUGUAGGCAUAGCAGUAGCCCAGGGGGUCGUGGUGGUAACGGUUUUGUUGUCUGUUCGAAAGAUCCUAGGCCGAGCUUUUAGCAGAGACCCGAAAAUCAUCUCUUAUGCUGCAUCUAUGAUACCUAUUGUCGCAUGUGGAAACUUUCUUGAUGGUCUCCAAUGCGUUCUCUCAGGGGUUGCUAGAGGAUGUGGAUGGCAGAAAAUUGGAGCGUGCGUAAAUCUUGGUUCGUACUAUCUUGUUGGAGUUCCGUUAGGCUUAUUACUUGGUUUCCAUUUUCACAUUGGGGGUCGGGGGCUUUGGCUUGGAAUUGUAACAGCUCUAGCUGUUCAAGUGCUUUGUCUUUCCUUGGUCACUAUAUUCACAAACUGGGAUAAAGAGGCAAAGAAAGCUACAAAAAGAGUUGGAUCUUCAGAUGACCAAGAUGAUAAUGUCGAACAAUCAAUUCCAAAAUGAAGAAAAGCAUGGGAUUGCAAAUGAGCAUAUCUUUUAACGCUGAUAAUAAUGAAUAACUAGGUGGCCGGCCCGCACCCUAUGCGGGCAUUGUACAGAUUCAAAUUAUACGGGUAGAGCUGGGUCUGCGGAUCGACCCACCCCGUCUGUCCCGCCAACCCGCGGAUCACCUAGUUUUUUGACUCAUAAUUUCAAUCCGCAUGACCCGCAAUGAAAGAUUCAAAAUACAUGCACCUGCUCCGUCCAAAUUUGCAGGUAAUUCGCGGGAUCCGCGGGUUAAAUAUUACGGAGUAUUUUGUAUCUAUUUAAAAGAGAGAAAGAGAGAGAGAGAGAGAGAUAUUUAGUGUUUAACCCUCUCAUCGUAAACCUUUUUUUUUUUGAAAAAUAUAAAAAUGUUAACAUUCUUUUAAU